AUGAUAUCGUUCACCAGUUUUCCCAAAUUGAAUUCAAACAAUUACAACUCAUGGAAAGUGGACAUGAAAGUGCUGCUCAUNGAUCGAGGAUCAUGGGAAUUCGUCACUGGUGAUACUGUACCCCCUGAACAAAGUGCAACAGCUCGAGAAAAAUAUGAUUAUCGGAGAAGGAUGGACAAAGCAUAUACUACAAUCUACCAAGGUAUUGAAAGACAAUUUCAAACGUUAAUUGCUAACACACUAAAUGGGAAAGAAGCUUGGGACAUUUUGAAAAAAAAUUUUGAGCCGACAUCACGUGCCCGUCUGGCAGGACUUGUAGAUGAAUUCUACGAUUUAAGGUUCAAUCAAGGGGAAGAAACAGUCGGUAUAUUUUGUCGAAGAGUAUAUGAGAGAAAACUAAUGAUCAAAGAAGCUGGUUUCGAGAUACCGGAGAUAUUAACAUGUUUUCAACUAAUACGAAAAUUGCCUGUUGAAUAUGAUAAUCUGGUACAAACCAUUUACAGAUUAGAAGAUAAAUAUUUCACUUUUGAGAAUAUUGAGAGACAAUUGAUCACAGAAGAAGCAAGAAUUAAACAGAAGAGAAAAGAUGAAGGAUUAGACGGUGUAAUAGAUGCAUACCAGACAGGAGCCAGCAAAGAAAUGAAGAACUUCAAAAAGGAAAGUAAAAAUCCAAAAGGACAAGCGAGAAAUAAUGGAACUGCUGCGAAUAAAGGAGAUAAACGCAAUUUCAAUGAAGACAGGAAAGAAAAAUAUUGCAGGUUUUGUAAGAAAGCUGGACAUCUGAUGGAAGAUUGCUAUGCAUUAAAACGGAGACAACAGUAUGAUACAAGGAGGAAUUCAGGUUAUGAAAAAAAGGCUUUUUACAUUGAGGAUACCGCAGACGUGCGAGAUAAUAUGUAUCAUGAAGCACAGAUGACAGACUCGGCAAGGAAAACUCUUGAUGAAUG